GGUAAUUGGAAGAAUCAUCGUCGACUCACCGGCGAAGUGCUCCCAAAAUCAAUCUUCCGCAACUUUCAUCUGGUCGGUGAACUUCCUUUCCUUUCUCUGCGUUUAUGAUAUGCUUGGUUUGCCAUGAUUGCUGUAAAAUCUGAAUUUCUCCAUUUUCAUUCGAUCUGAAUAAUUAUGUGUAUGAUUUUCGUUUUUAUCCGGUUUCGUUGGCCUGAAUGAUUUUUUCGAAUGUUUUGGUAUUUUAAUUGGUGAGUACCAGAUAUGGUACUCUUUUUGGUUGCGGUAGGUGUAUGAUUGGAGCAAUUAUUGGUGUUCUUUAUGGAGGUUGAGUGACAUUUUUGCUAAGCUGAUAUUGAGAAAUGUAGAAAUUUUGUUUAUUUUCUGCUGAUGGGCAUGUGUAGUUACGUGUGCCUUCUCAGUCUCCAAAAUGGCCAUUAAUGGAAUUUGGAUAUUUGCUUUCAAUAAUACGCAACGAAAUCAAUCGAGAGGCUGCACAGUCGCGGGAUGGGCGGCGGCCGGAGUAGCAGCAGCAGUAGCGGGGAGGAAGACGGUGAUGCUGAAUGGAAAGCAGCCAUAGAUUCCGUCACAGCCACCUCGAUCUUGUCCAACCGCAGCAACCUCAAUGCCUUGCCUUCCUCUUCCAACGGAAACCAAUCAAAAAACAACAAACCUCCAACCACCAAGCAUUACCAAAUCAAGGCAUUGAAAUUAUUGGAUGACAUUUUGGAUCAAACAAUUGAAUUGGAGGCUGCUGAUGCACCUCAACCUCCGAAGAAAGAACCUACAGAGUACGCCGACACCGGUGUCCAACUCUUCAGGCGUGCCCCUCAUGGAAUAGUGUUCGAUCAUGUAGAUGAGCUCCACGGACCAAAAAGAAAACCAAAAAUCAUUCCUGGAGAAGAGAUCAUCGAAAACUCCAAGAAGUUUAAAAAGCAACUUAAGUCUGUCGUUGUUGAUGGGGUGGACAUCGUAUUUGCUGCGAAUGCUGCUCGCCACAAGUUGUUAGCAAAACUUGAAGCUAGAGAAGCGGCUGCCCUCGCAGCCGCAAGACGAGAGGAAGAGCGAGUGGAGAAGCUGAAAAAAAUCCGGGGAGAAAGAUGGCUGCCGUCGUUGGCCGGAAAAAUGCAGGGCAAGGGGAGAUGAUAGCAUUCAUACACAAAUGCAACGUUGGUUGUGCUAAUUAGACAUCUUUAAUCAAAUGAUCACACAAGGUAUUUCUUAUAAAGAUUCUACUUACAUUUUUAGCAUAGCCCAGACUCUUUUUUUUUUUUCAGUCUUUAGGAAAUUUUGAGGUUUUUGUUUGUAAUAAUGCAUUUGUUUUUGUUAUUUUCUUGAGGAAAAAUACUCUACUUACUAGCAUUCAGGCUUUGUUGAGAGUUGAGACAACGUUUUGGAAUUUUGGCACUAUUUUAA